UUGAAGACUUGCGACUCUUGUAGGACUUGGAAGUUUAUGUUAGCAUGAGCCGUAAAGGUGUGUAAAAUAUCUCCCGGUCUGGAAAUUCUGUCUGGGUAGCCCGUCUAAGUCCAAACAAUCUCAUUAAGUUGUAUUGUCGCGAAAUAUGUUAUGGUAUCACUGUGAAAUGAUUCACAAUAUAGCGGCGUACGACCUCUGGGGAACUGGCGAGUCUCCUGUCACACAUUUUAUGAUCGUGCAAAUUCGCUAAGCAUCUUCACAGCACACCAUAGCUGUAUUGCUAGAGCUAUGGCGAUUGACGUGCCGAGAAUAACAACUGCUCAGCUGAUCUCGAAACAUCGUUUCCGUCUUGCACCUGGUGAGACCGGGCGACGCGUUCUAGAUGACAUGAGGAAUCAGUUAGCACCGAAUCCGGGCAGCUUAACGUUGCUCGUUGAGUUGCGAUGAUACACGGAAGGGUACACGCGAUUAGAUCUGAGCGGCAUUUGGUCAGGUUUCAAUUGCUUGCUUCCUAAAUUUCUAGGACCGGGACUUGAGCAUAGUUCCACAAAGAUUGGAGAAUAACGGUCGUUGAAGUGAGAAUACUGAUCUUGAUAUGCUUCGAUGAUACCUACUAGGUAAUUAAUAAAGAAGAACAAUUGGUA